UGGGGCAAAUUCUACUUCAUCUCACCUUACCGUAAUUGUGGAAGGCCCUGAACACAGCUGUUAUUGCUGUCAGUGAAGUUCCAUUGCAUAGCAGGUGAUGGUCAGUCAAAACUGAGGGAACUCCUUGCAAAGGGUACAUAUCCUCUGUGUACCAUGCAGCUUUGUUCUGGGCUCCCUGCAUCCUAGUACACAGGAAAGUCUUGCAAAGGGAAGCAGGAAGAAAAGGGGCCAGUGGAUCUGUAUCUUCUUUACCUCAGCCCUCACACUAAGGGGGAACACCACAGUGAUGGGGCUACUAUAUCCACGAGGCUGCAGUAGCAGCCACAAAGCAGCUCCCUUUCCAAACUCUUCCAUUCUGAAUCCUGUGAACAUUUCAAAUGUCCUAUGUAAAUUAAGCAUGGUAGAAUCAAAACAAUGGAAGCCCCAUUCACAAACAGGGGCAGCCCACAGAAAAGGAAAAACAUUAUGAGGUCAUCCUGCCUCUUGAAACAAAGUCAUUGAAUUAUGGAAGAUAUAAGCAAAACCAGAAGCCAUCCUUAGCAUCCAUCACUAGACUGACACAGGGAACAGAGCCCUUGCAAGCUGAGAAAGGUGGGUGUUUCAACCAAGGGGGCGUCAAAGUCUCUGGAAACUGAAUAUAGGUGAGAAACCCGCUUAUGCCAAGAUCUUUCACCUAGGAAGAUAAGGGAAGCCAGUGCCUUGUACUUCUGUGGAAGGUCCUGACUGAGGGAAAAUCAGCCAUGACUAGAAGAAGGAAGAUUGGUGAGAGAAACAUUCUUGAACAAAGCCUGUAACUUGCUAGAUUAAGUUUUAGAUGCAUGUUUUCACUUUGAUUUGCUUUUAAUCCUUUCUAACUUUAUUCCUUUUACUUGGCAUCACUUAUGUCCUAUUGUUUAACUUUUUUUUUACUAUAAACAAAUUCAAUGCAGUGUUUAAAGGGGAGGGUGUAUUUACCCCAAUUAAGUUAAUACUCUGUGAUGUGCUUUUGUGUCUUCAGCUCAGCAAAUGAACCUUAUUUCUCUGAACUGUCUAGGAGAGGGCUGGACACUAUAGCACACACAGUUUUGGAAAAAUGCAGGUCCGAGUGUGCAUUGGGGACACCUUACUGAUUGUAAUCAAGGCUGGUGGAAGCCAGAAUGGGCGUGUGGGCUGUAGGCAAGCUGCUGGGCUCAGGGCUGCUGAACUAGGCCUACCUGGUACACAGACAUUUCAGAGUGUGACCUGUAUGCUUGUGAGUUGGUUGUGAGCAUCUCAGACUGGGAGCAGCAAAGCAUUGUAAGGCACCCAAGGUUACAGAGUAAGCGGUGAUACAACCCCUCAUUGGUCUGGAUUGCCUCCUGAACUGCAUAACAAGUGCCUCACAAUCAGGAAUGGAUUUUAUCCUCCAUAGCACCCUGAUGAGGUAGGGAAGUACUCUUUAUUCUCACUUUACAGAGGGGGAGCUGAGUGAUGACGAUUCCUGUUUAUCCGUCCAAGAAUCGCAUUAGUCCUUUUGGCCACAGCAUAGCACUAGGAACUCAUGUUCAGCUGAUUAUAUGCCACAACUCCCAAAACAAUUUCAGAGUCGCUACUUCCCAGGGAUCGGGUCCCCAUCCUGAAAUUAUGGCCUACAUUCUUUGAUGUAACAGGCAGGAUGCACCCUUCAGUUCUGGAUAGAAAACCCCACUCAUCUCAAAAUCUUUGCUUCCCUCCUGUAAACUGAACAACAGCUGGACAGACUGGCUGACCAUCAAGGAAGCCCUUAUUUGGUAGCACUACGAUCAGUUGGAAAACAGGCACAAUCUUUAACUGUCUCUCUUUGGGUAUGUACACUGCAGUUAAAAACCCGCAGCUGGCCCAUGCUAGCUGACAGAGGCCUUGGUUACACUGGAGAGUUGCAGCGCUGGUGGUGGGUUUACAGCGCUGCAACUUACUCACUGUCCAUACUUGCAAGGCACAUACAGCUCUGUAUCUCCCUGGCUGCAGCGCUGGUUGUACUCCUGCUCUGCCUGGGGUGUAAGGAUUGCAGCGCUGGUGAUGCAGUGCUGCUCCGCAAGAGUGGCCACCAAAAGUGCUGUAAUUGGCCUCCAGAGUAUUUGGAGUUUUCCCAGAAUGCCUGUUCAGCCACUCUGCUCAUCAGUUUGCACUCUACCGCCCUGGCCUCAGGUGACCAUGCCUCCACGCACCAAACGAGCCCCAGCAUGGAGCAAUGGCGAGUUGCUGGACCUCAUCAGUGUUUGGGGUGAGGAAGCUGUGCAGUCACAGCUGUGCUCCAGCCAUAGGAAUUACGAUACCUAUGGGUUGAUCUCAAGGGUCAUGCUGGAAAGGGGCCAUGACCAGGAUGCAGUGCAGUGCAGUGUUAAAGUAAAGGAGCUGUGGAAUGCCUAUUGCAAAGCCCGCGAGGGAGACCGCCGCUCAGGUGCUGCCCCCAUGACCUGCUGUUUUUACAAGGAGCUGGAUGCAAUACUUGGAGGUGACCCCACUGCCAAUCCGACGACCACGAUGGACACUUCAGAGCGGGGGAGGGGGAGGGGAGGAUGGGAGGGGGAGAGGAAACUGAGAGUGAGGGUACUGUGGUGGGGGGAGACACCCUGGAGUCCCAGGAGGCAUGCAGCCAGGAGCUCUUCUCAAGCCAGGAGGAAGGUAGCCAGUCGCAGCAGCCAGUACUUGGUGAAGGACAAGCAGAGGAGCGGGUUACCGUGUCCUUGACUACUGGACUGUCCGUAUCAUCCACUGGCCAGAGGCUACAAAACCUCAGGAAGAAGCCGCGAAAAAGCAAAGAAGACAUGCUGAAAGCAGUUAUGGAUCACUCUGCCAGAGAGAGUAAAAAACUGCAGGAAAAAACUGCAGGACUGGAGGAAAAAACUCCAGGACUGGAGAGAAAGGGAAAGCAGGCUCCGCCAGAGAAAUGCAGCGGCUAAGAAGAAAAGCACAAAGCAGCUGAUAAGCAUCCUGGCGUGCCAAGCGAACUCUAUCCAGUCACUCGUAGCCAUGCAGGCAGAGCACUAACGUGCCGGCCCCCACCAUCCCAAAGCUCUUUCCCUUGUGCCCCAAUGUCAGCUCAAAACCCCCUUCCCCAGCAUCCAGGUUCUUACCACCACCAGCUGCCCCCAACACCUGUACGUUCACCAACCAGCCCUGAGAACUACGACCCUUACCCUCUGCACUCAACCCGCAUCACCAUGCAGUAUUUUCAUCCUGAAGUGCAGCAGUCAUUGCACAGCACUCCAGACAGGACAUAUUCAAACCUGUGACUGUACAGUUCACCACCCCACCCCCCUGCCCUUUUAGGUUCCCAAAAUGUUGUGUGUCUGUCAAGAAAGUUAUUUUCUUUUCAAUAAAUGAA